AUGCCAUCGCUGAACAACAACGCGAUUCGCGAAGACGUCGUCUUCAAGUGGCGCGUGAAAGAUGUACUGCUGUGUCACGGCGGUACUGGCGGCUUAGUGAAGGUCCUCAUGGACUUCAACGCACGCGAGGCGGUCGCUAUUCGUCAGCAGCGCCAAACGACAAGCACCGACUCCGGCUCCUCGUGCCCGGGUGUCGGCCUCAGUCAUGCGCAACUCCUGCUCUUUCUGCAGGACUACGGCGUUGAGCUGACCCCUUUCGAGGCUGCGUAUGUGUGCCGCGCCUUCGAUGACCACGGUUCCGGCUUCAUUAGCGGCGAAACCUUUACGCGGCAUCUCACCGGCCUCAACGAGCGUCGACUGCGCGCCGUCAAGAAGGCGUGGCAAGCACUCGAGAAGCGCGACGGCGCGGGUGGGGCAGUCUCGCGUGAGCUCCUUCUCUCCACGUUUGCAGCAGUGGCGGCCGGGCGAGCACAUGCUGCGGCGGGCGACCUGGGCGGCCCUGCAGACGGCGCUGCCCACGACGCGACUGCCAUGGCGUCCUUCUCGUCUUCUGUGGGAGGCGCGCUGCAGUCGACCUUCGGCGGUGCUGACGGAAUGCGUGAGCACCUCAAGAAGGCAUACAUGACCUCGAUGAUGGGCCGCAGCAGCGGCUUUAUGGCGAAAACCAACGCCGCUGCUGGCGGUGCCGACGGUGAAGCUGGCGAGGCAGCAGACCGUGUCUCGUACGCCGAGUACCUUGCCUUCUACGCCGGCGUGAGCCCAGAGUUCGCUACGGAUGAGGCCUUUGUCACCCAUGUGCUGCAGUCGUGGGCUGCCGACGACGCGACGCGUCCAGCGCUGGACGAAACGGCGCGCGAGUGGGGCCCGGACGGCGACCCACUGGCGCUAGACGCCCCUCGCUAUGUGAAGGAUGCACUGAAUCUGGAGCUGGGCAUCUCCUCCAAGUCCUACAACUACAGCCACAUGCAGCGCGAACACCCCUACGUGGAGUCGCUGCUGCCGCUCAACAGGCCCGACAUCAUGACGACGACGAUGCAGAGAACAUACGUCCCCUUCGACAAGGCAGAUCAGAUGCUGGCCGAUCCGCUGGUGACGCGGCGCAGCCAGUCAAUGUAA